ACAGAAUAUGGCGCCCGACCCAACAUCGUCGCCUCCCAUUGGACUGGACUCGAGCAAAGCAAUUCAUGAUUGGACAGGCAGCAUUGGCUCUUCCUUGUAGAACAUCUCCGAGGACGACUGUCCGAAUUGCAGGCCAACAGUGAGGACAACACGAGUCACAAUGUCUUUCAGAGAUUUGAGAAAUUUCACCGAAAUGAUGAGAGCUUUGGGCUAUCCUCGCUUGAUUUCGUUGGAGAAUUUCAGAACACCUAACUUCAAUCUGGUGGCAGAAAUCAUGAUAUGGCUCGUUAAAAGAUAUGAACCUCAGAUGGAUAUUCCUACAGAUGUGGACACAGAGUCAGACCGAGUAUUCUUCAUAAAAGCUGUGGCUCAGUUCAUGGCAACCAAAGCGCACGUCAAGCUGAACACCAAGCGCCUCUACCAGGCUGAUGGCUACGCAGUGAAAGAGAUGUUAAAGAUCACGUCAGUGCUGUACAGUGCAAUGAAGACCAAGCAGAUGGGCCUGGAAGAUAGAGUCGAGGAGGACAGCAUCAAGUUUAAGUUUGACAUUGGUUCACGGAUUUCUGACCUCAAGGCAGCUCGGCAGCUAGCGUCGGAAGUCACGUCGAAAGGAGCAUCUUUGUUUGAUUUACUGGGCAAGGAGCUGGAACUUAGGGAAAAAAGAACUGCAGCCAUUGCAAGACCUCUGGAGAUCGAUGUGACUGAAAAGGCCCUGAGAGUAGCCAUCAGGGAGGCCCUAGAAACAGUGGAGAAAACCAAAGAGAUGCUGAAUAGCAUUGUUUCUGAUGAGGCCAGCCUGGAUGCCAAGAUAGAAAAAAAGAAACAGGAGCUGGAGAGGAGUCGGAAAAGACUUCAGACACUGCAAAGUGUGCGACCUGCGUUCAUGGACGAAUAUGAAAAGAUUGAAGAAGACCUGCAGAAGCAGUAUGAGAUCUACGUGGCAAAGUUCAAAAACCUUUGUUUUCUGGAGUCUCAGCUAGAAGAUUACCAUAAACUGGAGCAAGAGCGGUUUGAGGAGGCCGAAAACACCCUGAGGAUGAUGCAGCAAAAUCUGAAGGAGGAGGACAGGGAUCUAAUGAGGAGUUCACUGAAAGAUGUGGACUCUGACAUGGAUGUUCUUGAGGAUGAAGGUGACAUGGACAGUGAAUUGGAAGAGUCACGGCCCUCCAAUCCGCGACCCACUCGAAAUGGCUUGAUGGCUGCUAAACAAAUGGGCGAUUUGUUCAGAAGAGGAACAAGAUUCAUUGGGAACAUGCAGGGUGGUGACAGUGAUGAGUCAGACGACAGCGAGAUAGAGGUAGAUGAAGACGACGAAGAGGAAGACGGCGAGGAUGAGAGCAAAUUAGACGAUGACAGCUUGGAAGACCAUGUGGCUAGAGCAACACACACGUCUAGUGGACGCACGAGACCUCCUCUUUUCGAUGAAAGCGACAAUGACUUCUGAAUUAUAAACAUGCCUAUUUUUACUCAAAUACAGAGGCGGUCUGUCAUAUAUUCAAUUUUAUAUUGUAGCUCAUUUUAAAAUGAUAAACAUUGUAUUGACUUGAAACACGAGGAAUUUGUUGGGGAUGCAACAGAACAUCAAUGUACAAUAGCUCUUGAUAAUUGUUAUUUAUCUCAAUAAAUUGUUUAGUUCUCUCUACCUUUAA